AUGCUUCGUUCACCGAAUAAAGCAGGAUCAGAAUCCGAUAUCUCCAAACUACCGAAAACCCCUUCUUCGCUUGCGGUUUCAAGACCAAAAAGACGUCACGAUGAACUCUCAAGGGAUGAGUUUCUUUCGUUCAAGGAAGAAGUUAUGAAAUUGCUGAAGUCAUGGAAAGCUGAUUAUGACAACAGACCAUCUAACAUGGAAAAUAGUCUUAAAAAUAUAAAGAAGAUAAAUACAGACAUAGAAAAUUCACUCGAAUUAUGUAUAUCUGAAAUAUGA